GAUUAAAAAAAAUUAAAGAAAAGAAAACUAAAAUUUAAUAGAUAGAGUUUAUCGAAGUACUUUAACAAUAUCUCUAUAUUUACAGUCUUUAUUUUCUCUUAAAAAAUAAUUUUUCAUAACAUUCCAUUGUAUGAAAAAUUCAAACAACUGCUGUCUGCCUUAGAACAAGACAUUUCAAAUCAUAUUUACUUUGUAACAAAAUAAAUACUCUAUGGAGCCAAUAUUUUUUCGAAAUUGAAACAAGGCUUUUGUGCAACGCUACAUCUAUUAUUCAUAACAGAAAAAUGUCCAGCUACCGGACAAUCCGGAGAUAUUAAAUUCCAAUACAUCUGCUCCCGGACACUAGAUGGCACCCCUCAGGCCUCAGUGGAACAAUCCUCGUUCGAUCACAGCAAAAUAUUCCCUGUCUUUGCUUUAACAGUAGCCAGGAGAACUCCGAGCUGGAUUGAACAGACAACCGGACUUUUCCCGGAUAGCUGAGAACAAAAACACUGAUCUUAUCCCACUUAUUGCUUUUUUUCAGACGACAUUCAAUUUCCUCCAUGCAUUUUGAUGAGAUUAUUAAGAGUGGGUGCUCUGAUACAGUCAGGGAUAAAAAUCCGGAUUUUCCAUGUUCGAAUCUUUGUCGGAUUGUUUGAGUGAGGGUGCUCGAAAGAGAUGUAUCUGCAUUUUAUUCCCGGAUAAUUUAAUCAGAUGUGUGAAUUCAUUGGAGUGUUAAAAUGAACGGAUUACAAUUGUGCUGGGAUUUUAAAUUAUGGAUUAUUUUUGCGCAAGUUUUGUGGAUGUAUCUUUUUAACUUCAAACCUGUGAUAGCAACCGUACACGAAUUUUAUGCUGUGGCUGGUAAUAGAAUUUCCAUGCCCUGCAACAUCACAGCACCUUCUAGUGACGAUGUUGUGACGUUGGUGCUUUGGUACAAAGGGGACAUGAAGGUACCAAUAUAUACUUUAGAUGCCAGAAAGGGACCUAUUGAAAAGUCUAAACACUUCCCAAGUUCCAAAUUGGGAAGACGUGUUCAUUUUGAUUUGCACGUUAAAAAUCCUGGUUUAGCUAUAGAUCCUGUAAAAGGUGAAGACGCCGGCACUUAUAGGUGUCGAGUCGAAUACAAGAGGUAUAGGACACUCAGUUACCAGUACGAGCUUAAGGUUAUUGUUCCCCCGCGGGAGGUCAAUAUAAUGGAUGAUCGAGGGCAGAGGAUUGAAGAAACUAUCGGACCAGUCGAUGAAGGUUCCAACGUGACUCUCAUUUGCGAAGCAGAAGGAGGAUCACCCUCACCUUCAGUGACAUGGUGGCGUGAUUCUGUUCUGCUUGAUGAUACCUACCACAUCACCACGCAAGGAUACGUUAGAAAUGACGUGAUUCUUAUCCGUUUAAAACGUUCCGACCUUUCUGCCAUUUUUACUUGCCAGGCAGCGAACAACAACCUCACCGUUCCAACCUCCUACUCCGUCACAUUGGACCUCAACCUAAGACCUCUGGAUGUCCGGAUCAUCACACUUCAGCCUCACCUGUCAGCAGGAAAGAAAGUAACUCUGGAGUGUGAGUCUACAGGUUCGAGACCGAGAGCAGUGAUGACGUGGUGGAAGGGCUCUCAGAAGAUUCAGACAGGCAAUGAAGUCAUCUCAGACAAUGGGAACCUCACCUUGAGUACUCUGUCCUUCGUCCCGACAGCAGAGGAUCACGGGAAAAAGUUCACGUGCACGGCUGAGAACCCUUCCCUCCCCAAUAGCCUCAUUGAAGAUACUAGAACCAUCACUGUACAUUAUAUACCAGAACUUAGAUUAGCAUUAGGAGCCAGCAUUCAACAUACUGCCAUUAAAGAAGGAAGUGACGUCUACUUCGAUUGUAACAUCCGCGCCAAUCCAUGGGUCCACGACGUCAGUUGGAGAUUUGAAGAUAAUUUGUUAUUCAGCAAUCUAACUGGUGGUAUCAUUGUAAGCAACCAAUCUCUCGUUCUGCAAAGGGUGAAAAAAGAACAUAGAGGAAGAUAUCAAUGCGUAGCAACGAACAGUGAAGGUGAAGGGAGGAGUGAAGAAGUACCACUUGAUGUUCAAUUUGUUCCAGUUUGCAAGAACCCAGCAGUACAAAUAUUUGGUGUAGCCAAACAAGAAACCCUAAAUAUCACUUGUGAACUUGAUGGCGAUCCAAAAGAAAUAGAAUUCCACUGGGCACUUAACAAUACAGUGGAAAGCAUGGAAGUCAAAAAAUUCAUAUCAGACGGCCUGACCAGCACAGUGUACUACACACCUCGAAAUAUGUUAGGUUACGGAGCACUAUUAUGCUGGGGUAUAAAUAACAUAGGACGACAGAGAGACCCGUGUGUUUAUCGUGUUGUACCUGUUGGUCCUCCAGAGACUAUGCGUAACUGCUUGGUGACAAACCACACAACAGACUCACUUCUGAUACAAUGCGAACCAGGUUACGAUGGUGGUUUACCGCAGACUUUUCAUCUUGAAGUAUACAGCUCAACAAACGAGCAUCUUCAGGGAAACAUGACUUCAGAAGAUAGUCCUAGUUUCUUGGUGCAAGAUUUAUUAACGGGAACUUCUUUCAUUCUUGUUCUGUAUGCGGCCAAUGCAAAAGGAAGGAGCAAUUCAGUGGCUUUAUAUGCUAGUACAUUAAGACCAGCUGAAAGACAUACAGCCCAAGAAGAUGAUUUAGUUUUAAGUCCUAUAAUUGGAAUACUAAUUGGAAUAGUUUCUGCUUUUGCCAUACUCUUUAUAGUUAUUGCAGUGAUAAUCAAACGAAGAACGAGAGAAAAAAGAAAAGAUUCUGAGGAUUCUAAACAGGAGAAAUGCGAAAUCCCGAUCCAAAAUUAUAAAGAAGAAUCUAUAGAUUCAACGAUUGAGAGCCCCGAUGUCAUACCAGCUGACAGCCAAGUUUACACUCCUGAUGCUAAAAGUAUUCACUUGGAAUGUACCAGGAGAAUGAACGAAGAGAUGUAUAAGCUUCUGAAACAAAAACAAGAUAACUAUGAUUCUUUAAUACCAAUGAACGAUCAAAGUCGUUCAGAGGUUGUUGAAGAUAUAUCAUACACAGAUAUAGGUGUAAGGGCCUACCAUAAAAGGUCCGUGCCAUUACAUAUGGAGCCCCCAACGGAGUAUGCAGACGUAUACCGACACGGGGUGAGGACGCAAGUGCUUCCCUUGCCGGUGAGCGAUGCCCUCGAUAAGCAUGCCCCUGAGUUGCCUUUGAUAAACAAUAUGCAGCAAAAUACAAGGGUACAUAUUGUUUACCUUUGACUUGUGGGAAUGUAUACGAGGGGACCGCAUCGUUGCCACAACUCCGUUAUGAACUUUUUAAUGGCGUCUACUAAAGCUGGUCCACGUUCAAAAAAAUAUGAA